UCAAAACUGCUUCCUCUCUUCUUCUCUCUCUCUCUCUCUGAUCGAUUUUUUGGGUUUUUCCGAUCAUUCAACGGUAAUCUCCGCCGUUUAUUUCAUCAGCGGAGGAGGAUCUAAUCUCCGUCGUGAUUACGAAAUUGACUUAAGAAUUUGGUUUAUUUUCGGUGUGCUGAUCAAUCUUGUUGCUCUGAUCCUGAAGUAAUCAGUAUAAUCAAGAACUCAGAAGCAGAUAAUACAAUUGAGGAGACUUUGGUAGAUGAAUCUGUGAUAUACCUUGAAGAGAGGGCAAACAUAUAUGAGGAUGAAAUCAAUCUGGUUGCUUUGAUUCUGAUGUCAUCGAUAUGACCAAGAACUCAGAAGCAAAUAACAGAAUCGAGGAGACUUUGGUAGAUGACUCUGUGAAAGAGAUCCAAGAGAAGGAAGACAAAGAUGAAGAGGAAGAUGAAGGUGCUGAUCAAACUAGUUAUUUUAUCUCAGAAGUUAUCGAUAUGACAAAGAACACAACAGCUGGUAAUGCUACUGAGGAUAAAGAUGAUGUUGGUAAAGAUACAUUAAAGGAUAAAGCUGAAGACUGCAAAGAGAAGUCUCAAGACCAGACUGAAGUUAUGUUGAUGACAAAAGAAAACACAAAGGUUCCAUUUAACCGUACAAGAAAACCCUGCAACCAAGAAGAGCCAGAGUCUACCAUUUCAUGGACAAUCAUCAAAUGUAAGAAACCCGUUGCAGAGACCGAGGAUUUAAGAGCAUUCAAUCCAAGAGAACCCAAUUACCUUCCAAUUACAGUGGAGGAGGAUCCUGAAAAGGUGGACCUCAAGCAUCAAGACAUAGAUGAGAGGAGAAGCAUUUGAGUCUGUUUUAGUUCUUUAUUUUUGAGUCUGUUUUAGUUCUUUUCUUAAAUAUUUCCACUCCACCAACAUGAUCAAAGAUGGAAAAGCAUUUGUAGUAUGAUUAUAUUUAUUUGUUGUAUAA